CAGCCUCCGGCCGGAAGGUGGCGCUGCUCACGACCUUAAUGGACAAAAAGAAAAAAUGCAACUGGUUAUCUUUGAUGACGUUUGGAGAAAAAACAGGAAAUUCUGUAGAAACGAAAAGUCCGAGAAAUUUUCUCGUCAAAGAUGGCUUGCUUUGAAAGCAAUAAAGGGAGCUUGGAGGAGGACAGCUAUGAAGGAGCUGUUGGUGGAGAGCUGUCCGGCUGUGCCUUGGCAAUGCUGGAAAAGGAGCGGGAAUCCCUUCUCAGCCCAUCAGAGAGCCCUGGCACCUUCAUUUGCAGCACAUCCUCCAGUCUUCAGGCCGCUGCUCCCCUCCAGGGCUACGAUGUGGAAUUUGACCCACCCCUAGAGAGUAAAUAUGAGUGCCCCAUCUGCCUCAUGGCUUUGAGGAAUGCCGUUCAAACACCCUGUGGUCACCGUUUCUGCAAGAACUGCAUUGAGAAAUCCAUUCGUGAUACAGGACAGAAAUGCCCUGUGGACAAUGAAAUGCUGUCAGAAGACCAGCUGUUCCCUGAUAACUUUGCCAAACGGGAGAUUUUGUCACUAACUGUUCGCUGUCCAAACUCUGGUUGUGCUGAGAAAAUGGAGCUACGACAUUUAGAGAAUCAUUUGGCACAUUGUCAGUUUGCCACCGUGCCUUGCCCACAAUGCCAACAGUCUGUGAGAAAAAGCCACCUAGGGGAGCACACAACUGUUGAGUGCCAAAGGAGACCUGUGUCAUGUCCAGACUGUGUAGCAUGCUUUGUUUAUGAGGAGAGAGAGCGUCAUGAGCAGCAGUGUCCCUUUGCCAGCGUGAAGUGCCAGUACUGUGAGAUGGAUCUCAUCAGAGACCAGAUGGAAUCUCAUUGUGAUACAGAUUGCCCAAAAGCACCCAUCGCCUGUAACUUUAGCACCUUUGGAUGUAAAGAGAGGAUGCAGCGUCAUAACCUGGCUCAGCACAUGCAGGAGUUCACACAAAUGCAUAUGCGCUACAUGGCUGAGUUCUUACGUGGCCUUAGCCUUAAUGGCACCACACCCAAAUCCCUGUGGGCACUUGGGCCUUCUGUUUCCUCUGACGAUCAAGGAGCUGCAGCAUCAGUGUCAGCUUCUAGUGGGCCCAGGGGAGCUGUUAGCUGCAGCAGCAACUGUGCUCCAGCUCAGCCUAGUGAAGAGAUGCAGAGGCUCAGGGAGAUGGAUGGACGACUGGUGAAGCAGGAUCACCAGCUACGUGAGCUCAUCAUCUUAAAAGAAACACAGGCAGGCCAGCUUGCAGAGCUCAGACGUAGGGUGUCGGUGCUGGAGGACACUGUGAAGGAACUGGAGGCCCAGCAGUGCCGUGGUAUCUUCAUCUGGCGCCUCAAAGGUUUCUCUGCCCACCAGCGGAACCAAGAAGUGGGCCUGCCAGUGGUUGAGCACAGCCCCGGCUUCUACACAGGCAGUCCAGGCUACAAGCUGUGCCUGCGUUUACACCUGCAGACCCCCAGUGCCCAGCGCUGCUCCAACUACAUCUCCCUCUUUGUCCACACCAUGCAAGGAUCUUUUGAUGAGCAGCUUACGUGGCCGUUUCAAGGCACCAUCCGGCUUGCCAUCCUAGACCAGGGUCCCGAAGGACAGCACCACGUGGAAGUGAUGGAAACUAAGCCAGACCUGCAAGCCUUUCAGAAGCCCACCAUUCAGCGCAACCCCAAAGGAUUCGGCUACGUUACCUUCAUGCACCUGAAUCAGCUGAGUCAGAGAGCCUAUGUUAAAGAUGACACCCUACUUAUCCGCUGUGAUGUGACACCACGUUUUGACAAUAUGCCUCACCGUGAGGGACCAGCAGUGCAGCCAAGGGGGCCCGAGGCAUCAGUUUCAAGGGACUGAAGUCAAACUCAUAUCAAUAGAAUCAUUGUCAUGCCGAGAUGUUAGCACAAUAAUGUUUCAAUGCUGCCUAAGUCAUAUUAAUUGGUAGACAUCAAGAGGAGGAAGACUAAUUUUGACAGCCAUCUAUAGCAGAGUGCGAAUACUAGUAUUUAUUUGUUUACCAACUUUUAAAUGUUAAUACAUUUUUUCUUUUAAUAGCUAUAUACGGUAAAGAUUUAUUUUAAAUGUACGUACUCUCCCACAUGGUACAAUCAGCAAGCCUUAUAUGUUCAAAUUGUGUAAAUAGUCAGUGUUUAAUCUGCUCAAGACAAUCAGUUUAAGAUGUGAUCUUGCUUCCUGCAGACUGAACAUUACUACAGAUUUUGCUCUCUUUCUGUGGUUGAUGGAGACAGCACUGAAUGUUUAAGAUACCCUGUGGAGUUUUUGACCUCUAGUGGUACUAUGAUGCAGUGUUUUGACAAGCCGAUCCCCAUUUUAUUUAUUACCUCAUCCUUGACAAGUGCGCACACACACACACACACCUUCCCAUGUAUGUACCAAGGCACGUGGCUGAUGUGACCCACAUUCUUAGCGACUGCAGAGUGUGGUAAUGAAAAUGAGUAGUGCAUACAAUCCAUGAAGAGUGAGUAAAAGGACGAACAGGUUGAAACUAAGCCUCCCCAUUUUGCUGUAGUGGCCACAGAUAGUGUUGUAAGAAACAUGACAUGUUUGGGUCCAAAAACAUAUUUUCCUUUACCAGAUCAUAUAAAAGAAAUGGUUGGAACAAAGAAGAUGUCCAAUUAUAUUAAUUUCAUGCUGAAAUCAUAGAAACCUUGAGAACUUCCCCGUGUAUGUGUCAAGUGAGAAACUUACUUUGGAAUAAAUGGUGUGCUUCAAUAUAUUGGAGCGUGGUAUUGAUUUCUCUUUAAUAUAUCUAUGGGUGAAACGAUGCAGAGGAGUAUCAUGUUAAGUGGACAAACUGAAACAGCAUUUGAAGCAAACCAACAUAUCUGACCAUGUCCAUCAAUCAAAAGGUUGGCUAUAAUGACAUCCAUCGGUGUCAUGGUAUUAUGCUGGGCAUUUGGUGGCAGUAACAUUGUGAGCAGCUCAGCAAUGUUCCAAGGAAGGGAGAAGAAGAAGACUACUAGUUGAUGUAUCUAUGGAUAUUUGAAAACAGUGCAAGUUUCAAAAUAUUUUGCAAAUGUUUUGUAGGAAAGAAGGAUGGCAAGAAGACACAGUGCAUUUUGAUGACUGUAAACGUGUUAACACAAAAACUCCACAGGGUACUGUUUUAAAAAUGAGGUGAUUACAAGGAUGAGGAAAAUCAAAUUCAUACGCUGUCCAAACUCAACAUUUCAUACUUCACUAUUUUUAACUGUUCUGUCCUUAGGGUGUUACUGUGACACAAUCAGCAAAAAUUGACAACACAACUUUUACAACAUGGAUGAUUUUCCAUUCCCUCAGUUCUACCAGCACCGCACAGUUUAUUUUUAACUUUAACUUUGCAGAUUUGUUACCAAGUUGCCCACUUUGCUUUUGACAGAAUUUAUGGCCUCUAAUACAAGCUCCUGCCUAAUGUGACCUAUAACAAUAUUUCAAGAGUACAAAUAACAUCAUAGGUUAGUGUCUUUGCUGUGAAAUAGUGCUGCAUCUGUAAAGCCUUAACAGAUAAUAGAUUGUAUUUUUGCUUUUUCAGUGUAUUAAUAUGACAACAUUCAGCAAUUUGACUCUGUAAACGGUGAUUAAUCUUAAUGUUCCUGAUUUCAUGUUUUUUGUCAUGAAUUUUAUCCAGUGGUGAUGAAAAUAGCCUUAAAUUAAAGAUAAGAAAUACUUUAGACCACA